AUGGGGAGAGGGAAGGUGGGCACGGUGCGAGCCGGCACAGCCGGUGACAAUAAAGGACCGUGCCGGGCACGGGGAGCUGACGGGCCAUUCCCUCCUCUUCCUAAACUCCUGCCCCUCCUCCGGCCCCCCCUUCACGGACACCACUGCUCAGACAGCGCUAUUGCCAUUGGUCCGCCGGGCAGGGAGUGCCCGCCCCCUUGCGUAGAACGGGCGGUUCUAUUGGCCUGGGGGGCUGUCGCUCAUCCUGGAGGAAGGGGGGCGGAGGUGUGCAAGCGCGCGCGGGGCGGGGUGCGCUGUGCUCCGCGGCGCCGUGCGCAGGGCGAGCGCUGCGCUCCCGCGCUGGCCGUGCAGCGGCGGCGGCUUGCGCUCCCAUCGGGUGCCGCCGCCGCGCUCCCGCGCCCCUCCCAGCUCGCCUCUGCGGCGCGGAGAGAGGGGCAGGACCUCUUUCCCUACGAAGGCGGCAGCAGGGCGCGGGCGGCACCCGCGGGAGUAGUUUGGGGAAGAGGUGAAGAAGGUGCUGGAACUGCGCUGUGCUUCUGCCCCACUGGAGGAGCGGGGAGGAGCCUGCCUGAGCCUCAGUGGCAUCAGCUGUGUCUGGCUGUUGGGAGUGAGAAAGGGUGCUGUCGUGGACGAGAGCAGGCUGCUGAGAGCAUUCCAGCGGAACCGGCCUGUCAGGCAGGCUCCGGCAGCGGCGCCGAGGCUGCCCGCAGCCCCUCGCGGUGCACGGCCGGGGCGGCUGCUGAGGCAGCGGCGGAUAGAACGAGCCCGGGUGAAGAGCCGCGGUGGACCUCUUUUUUUCUGCGGGAUUGAGAGGGAAAAUAGCGCAGUUGUGUUUGGUCUGUCUUGCUUGCUUCCGUUUGAGUAGGUUUUUUAAAGUUGGUUUGGAAGGACGCUUUUCAGUUCCGUAUCCUAGUGCCGGUUUUUUUUGGUGGUUUUUUGUUU